UUACAUUUUCUUUAAAAAUGGACAUAAUCGCCAAAUAGGUGUGCAACGAGUCCCGAUGGUUAUCAUGGCCAAAUCGGAUGGUUUUAAAAAUAUCGAAAUUUCUAUUCAGCACUUGAAGGCAACAUCACAAACCCCACCGCCGCGGCUGGGAGGAAACAACGAUACCGACUAGUGCAGCCGUUACCACCGAUGCAAUGCCUCGUUUCACAGAUGAACCCAGGGCAUAGGCACCCUCUGAGUGCCGUGGUCACCUCCCACUCUUCCGUGACAGUUUGCGAUAAGCUUCGAUAGAGGGCACCCGUAGGAGCCAAUGCACCCGGUCGGCACCGGACCCGUGUGCUUUAUGUUUACCGGAGCGAAGCUGGAGAGGAAGCUGGAACCAUGGGAUUCUCCCCCUGCCUUCGAUGAACUGAUCUAAGCUGGACCCACACGACUCAGCCAACCCGCCCCUGCCUGCAGUGGGGGCUCCCCUCUCCCUGUCGCCCUCUCCAGCCAUGGCAGGCUUCAAGCGGGGCUACGACGGCAAGAUCGCCGGCCUGUACGACCUGGACAAGACGCUGGGCCGCGGCCACUUCGCCGUGGUCAAGCUGGCGCGCCACGUCUUCACCGGCGAGAAAGUGGCAGUGAAGGUCAUCGACAAGACCAAGCUUGACACCGUGGCCACAGGCCACCUGUUCCAGGAGGUCCGCUGCAUGAAGCUGGUCCAGCACCCCAACAUUGUGCGCCUGUAUGAGGUGAUCGACACCCAGACCAAGCUUUACCUCAUCCUGGAGCUAGGCGACGGGGGGGAUAUGUUCGACUACAUCAUGAAACAUGAGGAGGGUCUGAACGAGGAGCUCGCUAAGAAAUACUUUGCUCAGAUUGUCCACGCUAUCUCCUACUGCCAUCGGCUGCAUGUGGUGCACAGGGACCUCAAGCCGGAGAACGUGGUGUUCUUUGAGAAGCAAGGGCUUGUCAAGCUCACUGACUUUGGAUUCAGCAACAAGUUUCAGCCGGGGAAGAAGCUGACGACCAGUUGUGGAUCUCUGGCGUACUCCGCACCGGAAAUCCUGCUGGGCGAUGAGUAUGAUGCUCCAGCCGUAGACAUCUGGAGCCUCGGUGUGAUCCUGUUCAUGUUGGUGUGUGGCCAGCCGCCCUUCCAGGAAGCCAACGACAGCGAGACUCUCACCAUGAUCAUGGACUGUAAAUACACGGUGCCGGCCCACGUCUCCAGCGCCUGCAAAGAUCUGAUUGACAGCAUGCUUCAGAGGGAUCCCAAGCGACGGGCCUCCCUGGAGGAGAUUGAGAACGACGCCUGGCUGCAGGGGGUCGACCCGUCCCCGGCCACCAAGUACAACACCCCCCUGGUGUCACACAAGAACCUGUCUGAGGAGGAGCACAACAGCAUCAUCCAGCGCAUGGUGCUCGGGGACAUCGCCGACCGAGAGGCCAUAGUGGAAGCCCUGGAGACCAACAAGUACAACCAUAUCACCGCCACGUACUACCUGCUGGCAGAGAGGAUCCUGAGGGAGAAGCAGGAGAAGGAGGUGCAGACUCGCUCUUCCAGCCCCAGCAACAUCAAAGCCGUGUUCAGGCAGUCGUGGCCCAGCCGAGUGGACAUGCACCAGGACAUCGAGGACAGCCUGGCUGCGUCCUCCAUCUCCCACGCCGGCGGCCCCCAGUCCCCGGCCCGCAGCGCCGAGAACCUGCUCAACGGACACCGCGCCAAAGGCCUGACGGAGCUGGGCCGCCGCGGCGAGGAGUCCAUGGUGACCGACUGCCCGGGUCAGCCGGCUCAGGGAGCCUGUGCUGCUGCCUCAGGCCCCACUCCCGGGUCUGGAUCCGGUCCCAGCAGGGCCCCCGCUCCAUCCACCUCGGCGGGGGCCAAGCAGCGCCCCUUCCUGUUCAGGGUCCUGGAGGAUGAGGAGGAGGAAGAUCGGAACCCGUCCCCCCUCCCGACCCAGGUGAUCCUGAGGCGCAAGCCCGCCUCCAUCACCAACCGCCUCACCUCCAGGAAGAGCGCCCCCGUGCUCAACCAGAUCUUCGAGGAGGAGGGCGAGUCGGACGACGACUUCGACAUGGACGUGGGCCUGCCGCCCAAGCUCAGCCGCCUCAAGAUGAACAUGGCGGCCUCCACGUCCCCGGGGCCCACGCAGAAGCGCUACCACCGCCGCAAGAGCCAAGGCCGGGGGUCGUCGUGCUCCAGCUCCGAGACGAGCGACGACGACUCUGAGAGCCACCGCCGGCGCCUGGACAAAGACUCGGGCUUCGGCUACGGCUGGAACCGGAGGGACAGCAGCGAGGGGCCGCCGGGCAGCUCGGGGGGCAACGGGGGAGGCAGCAGCGCCGGGCAGGGCAAACCCCCCGGAGAGGGAGGCGGAGCCUCUGCUCCGGACAGGGGGAGUCCCCCGGGAGGGGAUGGUAACGGGGGCGGAGGAGGCGGAGGCGGGGGAGGUGGGGGCAGCAAAGGACAAGACAGCCCCUCCAGCUGUUGUAACAACAGCAGCACCAGCGCCCCCUCCCUCGGCUCCCUGCCGCGCCCGUCCCGCGCGGCGACCCGCGCCACCGAGCUGGUGGAAAGCUUGAAGCUGAUGAGCCUGGUCCUCAGCUCCCAGCUGCAGCAUCAGCGCGGGGGGCGGGCGGGGCGCGGGGGUGGGGGGGGGAAGUUCAUCAUAGACCCUCGCGCCCUCCCAGCGGGCAGCGUGAAAAUCCAGGAGAAAUCCGCCUGGCGGAUGUGCGUCGGCUCCCCCGGGGGCCUGGACACCAUCACCCUCCCCACCACCGUCGCCCUGCCGCGCACACACGCCGCGCACCAUCACCACCACCACCACCCCCCCCACCACCACCACCACCACCGCAAAGCGGCGCCGCACGCCAGGGACGCUCACAGCCACCUGAGCGCUCUUAAGAACGGCGUUCUUCAACUACCUCUGUGUGAGAAGACCAUCUCCGUCAACAUCCAGCGGGGGGGGGGCUCCAGGGACGGCCUGCUCUGCAGCUCGGCCCCGCCCAGCUGCUGCCAGGUCAUCUGACCCCCCCCCCACUGUGCAUCUUGGGUGGUUCAGGUGGAUGUGAGGAGGAUACAAGUACACAUCUCUUAGCAGCAUCAUGACUUUAAAGUUGUAGAGUUUGGAGAACAAGUCAAUGUACUCAUUUAAGAACAGUCCAAAUGUCACAAAAGGUAAAAUGUUAAAUCAUACCUUGGAGCAGAAAGUCACAACAAUUAAGUCCGACAAGACUUUAUUUGUAUUUGUGACUUAAUCCACAAAUAUGACUCCCGUUUGUCAUAUUUAUUUAUAAUUAUUACAACUUUAUUAUCAUACUUGAGAUUUGUAUUGAUGGAAUGUGUCCCCUGCUAUCAGCCUCUUCCUCUGUGGUACUUUAUUGUGGUUCAAAUGAACUAUUUUCAGUGCUUUACUGUAGCAGGCAGCUGACUCUCCAUCAGACCCCCCCCCCUCUUGAAUGUUGGCUGGCAGAUGGAUUAUAAAGUGGACUGUGGUUUUAUUCUGAAUCCAUGCAGGAAAAGAGACGUUUUUAAUUUUUAAAUCCACGUUGCACUCCGACAAUCCGUUCAAUGUUGUUUUAAAGACGUCAAACCAUUGUGGGCGGGGCUCUUUUCUUCGGGGGGGUUGUUGUGGUGCACUCCUGGUAGCGACAUCAUGCAUCAACUACUGCUGACCACAUGUCUAACACAAGCUCUUCCUGACCCCCCCCCCCCCAACCCCCCUAUUUCUCAGCCCCACCUGCACCCACGUGCCCCCCAAAGCUUACUGUGCUUGUAGGCACAGCACUAUGUGUAUAUAUAAAGUAUGUGGAAAAGUAAAGUUUAUUUUUAAAAAAAACGUGUACAUUUUUGUUCAGAGCAAUCUGCUGUUUGAAAAGUGCGCGGAGGGGGGGGGGGGGACAAAUCCAAAAAGAAAGGAGCUCAUGACUUCAGUCUCUAAAGGAGCCGUCUGUACACAAACCUUUUUAUUAGGUCCUGCUUUUUGCUUUUUUUUUUAUUGCAGAUGUGUGCAGAAAAAAGGAAAUGUCUCUGUCUCUGUUCGUUGGUCGUGUCCGAGUCGUUCUUUUUAAAAACCAAAUGUAAAUGUUUGUAAAUGAGGUGCAGAGGGCCCUUUGGUGCAGAGCUGUCAUGUGACCUGGCCUUCUGAUAGUACUACUGUAAAAAAAAAAAAGCCUACGCCUAUUCAUCCUGUCAGGUCGUCCUACUCCGCUGUAUCCAGGGGAACGACGUGCAUGUGUUUCAAUGUUUGACAUUCAGUGACACGGGGGGGGGGGGGGGGCGAAUGUUACUGGACCAAAAAGCAGCAGGGAGAAAGAAGAAGGAAAAAGAGAAAGAAAAAAAAAGUUGAAACCGGCAGAAAUAUUCAGUGUAUUAUUCUGUAGUUGCUACCUGUCGUCAGAAGUUACAUAUAGCUAUGGUAAUAUCAAAAAUAAAAUGUGGAAUACUGUCUCA